AUGAGCACAAGGAGUCUGCAGAUUGGAUUACGGUUUAGUAGAGGAAUAUUUUGCAGCUAUGUGGGAAGUAGUUGUUGGCCUUUGCAGACGACGAUAAAGAGGACAAAGGUCACCAAGGCGAGCUCGAAACGGUGGGUGCAGCGGCAAGGCAGUGAUAUGUAUGCUCGGGAGGCAAAAGAGCAGGGGUUGAGAAGUCGGGCGGCGUUUAAGUUGCUGGAGAUUGAUCAAUCGCAUAAGAUCUUCAAAGCAGGACAGACAGUUAUCGAUCUGGGCUUUGCUCCCGGAUCAUGGACCCAAGUAGCCGUCGACCACACCCGCCCCAACGGGCGCGUACUCGGAAUCGAUAUCCUCCCCGCCGCGCCGCCCAAGGGCGCGAUAGCCGUUCAGGGCGAUUUCAUGUCGCCGCUAGUGCAAGCCGGUAUCAAAGAGUACUUGGAAAAUCCAGAUGAGGUCGAGAAGCGUGCGGUUGAGGGCGAUCAGACGAAGCAGCAGGAGAGUGGGCAAGAGUCGGGGAGUGCGAGGACAAGAGAGAAGCAGAGUGCGCCUGCGUCUGCGGUUGAUACGGUGGAUGUGAUGCUGAGUGAUAUGCUUAUGAACACCUCCGGAAACGCAUUUCGGGAUCACGCUACAAGCAUGGACCUCUCCAACGUCGCUCUCGAUUUCGCGCUCGACACCCUCCGCCCCGGCGGCAGCUUCGUCUGCAAAUUCUACGCCGGCGGAGAAGACUCCUUGCUCGAGCGGCGACUUCGCAGCGCGUUCGACCGGGUCAAGAGGGAGAAACCUGCUGCGUCGCGCGGGGAGUCGCGCGAGCAGUAUUUUGUGGCGACGGGGAAGAAGAAGAGGAGGAAGGUAGAGAGUGUGAAGGGGGGAGGGGGGCGGGGGUAG